UUGAUGUCGAGAAAACAAACGAAGAUAUGAGCGACAUUGAGUUUUUUUUGCGGGAGAACAAAAAAGUGAAAAAAUACUCAGACUUUCCUACGUCCCCUGUUGACAUCCUCUGGGCGAACGAAGAUACCAAGCAGCUGCUGGAGCGUAUUCUGCCUCUCAAUAAUCCUUCCAAGACUGCAAUGUAUGAGUGUGUACAGGGAACAAAAGGGGUUUUGAUACAGGCUCUCUUUUGUGACAUUGGAGGUGAUCGCAUGGUUCGUGGAUAUCAAGACAAAGUAUCCCUGCAGUCACAGGACAAAGAUCUAACUCGGUUCAAACUCAAAGGAACGAUUUCUACCAACGGUCUAGUUCUGAAUCUACUUGCCUAUGACACAACCCAGACGAAGAAGACAGCAGCAACCCUAACAGAUGAAGACUACGCAAACAUAAACUGGAAGAGAGGAGCUCCAAGCUGCUUGAAAACGUUGAGCUCACAUUCAACAAACCAGGGCGAUGCCCAUCCGCAAACACCACAACUAUCGUCGGAUGUGAUCCUGGUUAUUGUUAAUGCCCUUACGUUUUCCUCGCUGGACCCUCACAACCCUAACUUGCGGCAAACGGUAAAGAACAAAAGGAAGCGUGAAAAAGCAAUGAUUGAGGUUGAGAGCGCCAUCCCUAACAGACAGGAAUCAACGAAUUUGGAUGUGCUUCAAGAGUUCUACGAAUCCAGAUGGCAUCUGAAAAAAAAAUGGGACCUACGAAAAGGCUCAACGAGCUACGUUCGACUACGCGGUACAGCGAGUGUUGAAGAUGCUUUGGGGAUAAAGGAGUGCUUGUCGUCGGCCUUAGGGUCCUUUGAAAGUAGUAAAGGAGUUCCCAGCAAGCACACUGCUAUAACGAGACAUCUUGUCACACAGGUCAAAGCGCGAGGACACUUCACUGUAGGAGCGGCACGAAUUUUACACCAACGCCCGCUGUCCCGACCCUCUGUGAUAGCUUUUUUAGAGACGGUGUACCCUCGCUCUAAAUAUUGCCGGGCAUUAGGGGUGGAAAACAUCGCAAGAAUCGGUCUUGCUCAAAUUGAGAGACAAGAGAGGCCUGCAAAGUACAAGCCCACGGAAGAGUCGCCUGCUCCGGCUGCAAAGCGCGCACGACGCUAGACACAA